UGCUGGAUGGGUUCACUGGGUUCAUGUAGUACCGGAGCCUCCUCCUCUUCCUCCUCUUCCUCAGCCCGGCUGCUUCUCCUCGGUGAACCGGGACCUGGGUAAACCUGAGCUGCUCCAUGUUAGUGCACCGGACAGGACGGGACAUCUGAGUGUGACCUUUUCCUCCAGGACACAGGAUCAGCUGAUGACUCCGAACAUGCUCCUGUUUGCAGUGUGAUGGCGGACAGUCUUCGUCCUGCUGGAGGAAUCGAACAUGAUGGCUGCUGACGGCUGCUGCAGAGCGAUGGAUCGAGGCCGCGCCAAGCUGGCGGCGGAGGCUGUUCCCAGAGCCGCGCUGCCCCCCCCGCAGCCGCCGGGCUCCGACAUCCAGGAGCUGGCGUCGAAGCGCGUGGACGUGCAGAAGAAGCGCUUCUACCUGGACGUGAAGCAGAGCGCGCGCGGCCGCUUCCUGAAGAUCGCGGAGGUUUGGAUCGGCCGCGGCCGCCAUGACAAUAUCCGGAAGAGCAAGCUGACGCUGUCCAUGUCCGCGGCCCCGGCGCUGCGCGGCUGUCUCGGGGACUUCAUCGACUACUACGCGCGCAUCGGGCUGCGCGGCCUCGGGCUCGCGCAGCUCGACGAGCCGCAUAGUAACGGACAGAGCCGCGUGCCCGAGCCCCGCAGGAGAGCGCAGGAGCACGCGCCUCUGUCUCCCGCCGGGUCCGCCGCGUCUGACGAGCACGCGCAGCGCGUGCUGAAGAGCGAGCUGAUCGAGCGCGACAACCGGAAGUACUUCCUGGACCUGAAGGAGAACCAGCGCGGCCGCUUCCUGCGCAUCCGCCAGACGGUGAGCAAGGGCCACGGCACCAUGGGCUACUACGGCCAGGGAAUCGAACACACCAUCGUUCUGCCAGCGCAGGGACUCAUCGAGUUCCGGGACGCCCUGUCGCAGCUCAUCGAAGACUACGGGGACGGGGACGGGGACGAGCGCGGCCGAACCGGCUCCCGGAACCAGGAGGACGAGGACGACAGCCCCGAGCUGCCCGAGGCCGCGUCCUUCCGUGUGGACAACAAGAGGUUCUACUUUGACGUGGGGUCCAACAGGUUCGGAGUGUUCCUGAAGAUCAGCGAGGUCCGGCAGCCGUACCGGAACACCAUCACCGUCCCGCUGAAGGCCUGGUCCCGGUUCGGAGACAACUUCCUCCGCUACGAGGAGGAGAUGAGACGGAUUUUCACUUGUCACAAAGAGAAGAGGACAGAGACAAGACAGGACAGCGAGGAGCAGGAGGACUGACCCGGACUGGAGCUCUGGGAGCCCCUGCAGGGGCCCCAUAUGUCCCUGCAGACAUGUCCCUUUAUGUCCUCCAGGGGCCCUGCAGACAUGUCCUUGAAUAGUCACCAUGAUGAACAGUGUGUGUCCCCUCAACCUUACAGCACCUGAACUGUUUGGUUCCUCCCCCAAGGGCUGGGUAAUGACUAAUCUGAACCUGCCAAGAAUCCAAUCAUUCAUCUUCAUGUCCACGUCCAUCUUCAUGUCCAUGUCCACGUCCUUCUUCAUGUCCAUCUUCAUGUCCAUGUCCAUGUCUCAGUGCUGUUUAAUGCACCUGAACCUGUCUGACAGAUGAAGGAGUUAUUGUUGCUAGAAGAUGUGAGGACACUUAUUUAUUAGAGGUCUAAUAAUAAUAUUAACUUGAAUUUAGGAUUUAAGUUCAAAUCGUGAUUGACACAUUGUUUUUAAUUGGAAUCGAUGUGUAAAGAACUUAAAUCACAGCUGACCCCCCCCCACACUGACCUCUGACCUCUGACCCCGACCAGCAGAUUAAAUGACGCCUGCAGGAGGAUGUUUCUCGGGUGUGACAGGCGAUGAUGCAGGAGCUGGUGGAGGCUACAAGCUGACACACACACAGACACACACACACUCACACACACACACAGACACACACACACUCACACACACACACACACACACACUUUCCAAGUCCUGCAAGGCCUCUUCUCACCGUCCCGUCGUCUUCACGCUCAGAAACCUGAACACUGAAUCCAAUUGGUCGAAGAUAAGAUGGAGUGAGGAGGAUCUGGUUUCCUCCCACUUCUUGGAAAAAGAGGAAGUUCAUGUUCUGAUCAGGAAGUUGCUAAAUUAUCCUAAUCGUCAGGGGUCAGGGGUCAGGGGUCAUGGCAGUGCAGAGGAAACCAGAACAGUCCAAAACAAAUUGAUCAUGAGCCAGUGAAAUCCAUCGUCUUUUUCAUUCUAUCCAACGCAGGCACUUAGUCCACAAACAGGAAGUGUUCAGAGACACAUUCCUGUUUAAUAUUGAAUAUUGGAGCUUAUACUUGAACUGAAGCCUCGAACACUUGAAGUGAAGGGACAGGAAGUUGUGAAUGAAGCAGAGAAGACGUCUCGUGGUGGAACAGAUGGUUCCAGGAGAAGAGAGAAGCUGCUGUCGCACAAACACACGUCUCAUUUUGUGUGGUUGGAUUAUUUAGACUACACAGUAAUUACAGCCUCAGAUCCACACACUGAAUUGUAAGUAAAGUCUUGUUGUGCAGAGCAAACUGUCGGGGUUCAGUUCGUCUUCUCUGGCCGAGCAGCAGCAGAACGUAUUUAAAGAUGGACGACACUUCUCCGUCUCUGCCCAAAUAAAUUGGAUGCAGACGUUGCACUGCUACACCCACCUGACCAAUCACGAGCCAGUCUCAGCUGUCAAUCAUAACGUCUCAGCCCAGUUUUAACUAAUAACUGAAACAAACACGGAAACAAAACCUGCCCCUGCAUCAACUGCCUGAAGUGACACAAACCUUGGUUUGGUUUUUCAUUUUCAGGUUCUGUCCACCUCCCAUCUGACUGUUUGGACCUAUACUGCAGCCAGACAGCAGGGGGCGAUGGAGAUGUCUUGGCUUCACUUUUAUGAGUUGUGUUGUCGUCCAUCUUUAUCUACAGUUGUUUGUGUUUGUGAUGGAGACCAGCCGAACCCGGGUGGUUCUGUCUCAUGACGAGUCGACACAAAACGAGUUGUGAAGAAUCUGCUCCUCAGAUUAAUUUAUAGAAUUUGAAGUUGUUUGUCUCAUGAGGUCAAAGUUCACAUGUUGAUCAUCUCGUGAGGCGGAUGGGUUAGGGUUAGGGUUAGGGUUAGCUAACCCCGAUCUUUAAGCUCGGGUCCUCACGUCCAGCUUCAGAACCAACGCUAGCUUUAUGAAACUUUAAAGCUUGUUGAUACCUGAAACAUUGAGAAAUAUAUCUGACAAUAUUUGACUACAUGACCUUAAGAUAAUAUUUGAAAUGAGACGUCACAAUGAGUCAUGUGACCAGAAGUUAAUGGACUGAUGUGUGAAGAAAUGAGUUGCUAUUGAAACGUGUGCCUGUCCUGUCUCUGGAUCUGGACGUAGGACAGAUCGGCUGGUGUCCAUGUCUUCAGCCGGUUAGAAAGCUCUGAGGAAACAGGCUUCUCUUCAUCUUCCUCAUCUUCCUCUUGUCUCCACUGAUGAAGGUGGAGAGAAGAGGAAGAGGAGGUGGACUGCUUAGUGGAGCUGAGAUGAGUUUGAGUGACGUGUUGAAACAUCUGGAUGCUGGAGUGGACUGGUGGGAGACCACAGAGCACAGGACUGGUUGACUUCAGUGAGCUGGUUGACUGGUCGAGGGAAGUUAAGUGAGGGAGUGACUUUUAUUUUCAUAUAAAAUGCAAAGGUUCUAUGAAGUAUAAUGCGAAGCACAAAGGACUCUAAAUAUAAUUAGAAUAUAUAUAGCCAAUGAUUUAAUUAUCAGAUUCAUCAUUGAAGAGCCUCAAGACCUGAGACACAGUUAGUUUUCUCCUGGAAAGAGAACGAGUGUCUUCUGUUCGUCCAAUUCCAAAUAUUUCUCCAAAAAGCACUUUAAAAAGAAGCUGCACUUUAGUUUAGCUGCUUUGUGAUUGGUCGACACAGAGGGACCAUUUCUAACCAUGCCUUCGGUGUUAAGUGACAAUCAUGGGUCCCUGCUCGUAGAAUCUUCUUCUCAACACAAACUCCCGUCAGUGUCCAUUUCUGACCCGUCUCACGUCUGUUCAUCUGUUAAUGCAAACAUCAUGUGAACAAUCACAAAGGAAACUUUGUGAAAUGAGCACAAACACCAGGAGGUUUCACUUUGAGGAGAUGAACGAUGUGACCCAGCUUCACGGGCCGUUGUUUCCUUGGAUCUGUUGGUUCUGGACGAGUCCUCAUGAUAAACGAUGUUUCACGUUUGUGCUCAUUUCACAUAUUGGUCAUGAGUAGAAUGUGAAUGAGUUCAGGUCGAUGGAGGAGAACGAUCUGAGCUCACGUGUCCUGAUGUCCUGCAGGUCACUCCUGGGAUUCGUGACAUGUGACACAUCCGUGUUUUACUCCAGAGCUGAAAAUAUUCUAAAUGAAGCUUAACAACAUUUCAAAUAUAUUUAUUAUUUAUAAUUAUAUAAUAAGUGACCGAGUUUUAAAAGAAUAACGAAAACUAAAGAAAUUCCUCCAGAAUCAAAUACAUAUACACUUGAGUAUUAAAUGUAUACGCAUAUCAGUAUUUAUAUUAACGUUAGUCUCUUAUUUGCAUAAUGAUGUUGAGGUGUAUGUUUGCCACAAACACACAACUGUCAGAAAAAAGGUUAUUUCACAACUGCACAGACGGAAUCAGAAGAAUCAAAGAUUUAAAGAGGAGACAAAGGUUGUGUCAUAAAAACAUCAGAAUGUUUUUAUGAGCCGUGGCUGGUCGGCGUUCAACCUCCGGCUUCUUGUCACGGAUCUGCUCACUUCAUCAAGUUUACACUGUUACCUCCUCUGGAAAUCACUCAGAAAAUAGAUCCCUGAAAUAAAGAUCCUGAUUAAAUGUAUGUGAACAUGAUGAAUAGAAAAUCCAAUCUGACUCAUGGAUCAUUUAGCGGUCGCUGAUGGAGCAGCAGCUGUGGUCAGCGAGCCACACAAACAUUUAAACAUACUUUCAAAUGGGUUUAAUUCUGUCUUUUAAUUACUUGUGGUGAAAUUUCAAAAUAAAUCUAAAACAUAUGAGAACUAAAAUAACAAAUAGAAUACUGAUCCAUUAAACCAAUUACAAACUGUAUUUUUUCAAUAUUUGUGUGAUCAAGCCAACAAUACUUAAUGUUAAAUAAAUGUUCACGUACAAUUUGCUUUCCCAUUUCCUAUUAUCAUUAAUGUAUUUUAUCAGAUGGAAAUAAUAAAAAAGAAAAGAUCGUCAAUUCCGGUUAUUUUACUUUAAGUCGAGAUCAUUUUGUCUUCGUGUGGACACUUGAUCUGACGAGGAGACGGUGACCUUUGACCCGCGUCUCCACGUAGAACUGGGACGUGCAGGUCCAAGCUGUGUCCUCGCCCCAGUGGGACCACAGCUGCUCGUCCUGGUCCCUCAGUGUCUGAGUGGUUUUGUGUGGUGACAGUAAAGUGACACAGACAAACCUCUGAUCCAGCUGCGUUGGUCACGGGAGAGUUUUUGCGUGCACAGCCAAUAGGAAGCCACAGGAUGUUGGACUUUGAUGAACUGAUAACAGUUGUGUACUGUUUCCAGCCUGAGGCCUUACAGCCCCGUCACUCUUCGACCGGGGAAGUGACAGCUCGGCCCAUUUUGAUUCAUGUGCUUUACUUUAGCAGAAACAAAAGACUGAAAAGAAAAAAGAGAAAAAAACGGUUCUUCCAGGAUCGUUGCUUGAUCGCAUGUCGGAUGACAGUGAUGGUUUUGAACCAGUGCGCGUCGGGAGUAAAGGGGCGGGGCUCACACAGUGCACGUGUCAGUCUGUGAUUGGUCGAGUGACGUGAAUGUGAACAUGCUUCAGACUCCUGUGGUGGGAAAUGUAAAGACGUAUGUGUUGAGUCAACUGAAGUGAGUAAUGUGAACAGGUGUGUAUUUAGAUAAAUGUAAUGUAUUACAUUGAUGUGUCCUAUAGUCCUGUAGAGUAAGACUUAAAAAACAAAGGAGGUUUUAUACUCUAGCACUUUCUUCAAUGUGUACUGUAUUAGUUCAUCUUCUACAUGUAAAGUACUGUAUGAAUAUUCAUAACUUGCCUUGUAACAAUGAAACAAAGAUACGUCUAGAAAUGGUAACCAAGAAAACAGUUUUAGAGUGUAUGCAUGCUAAUGGUUGGGUCCCAGUACAAUAGGAAAACUAUAUGAAAAAAUGGUGCUAUGUAACAUUAUAUAAAGGUGCUUCUACUGACCCCAGCUGAGUGCAUGCAAAGAGGAACUUUCUAUUUAACUUACGCAGAGAGAGUUGAAGCCACGUUCCUCCCUGAGUCUUCAGAGCUCCAUCACUGGAACACACUGGGAAUUUCUACCUGAAGACGAGAAGUGGAUCCAUACUGGGUGGCUGAUACCCGACCGGGUCACAAUGGUGAAGUCUAACUGUAAAUAUCAGUCUGACCCUGAUUGUGGCCCCGAGCUACUGAUCCAGAAUCUGGUCCAGAUCGUGAAGGUGACGACUCAGAUCCUCAAACUGCAGCUGCAGGGGAAAUCCAGAAGAAAAGAAAAAGGUCAUGUUUAUUUACAGUUACACUGCCUUUGUGUCAAAGGUCUAAAAGAUCGAUAGACAAUCUACUGACAUGGUUUUGUACUCUUGAUUCUUCAGAUGUUUAUGUGUUGGAAUCAUUUCUCAUGUAGCAAAGAGCAAAAAUCUAUGUCGUCUUUGAAAGGUCCGAGUUGUUUGAGUUUGGAAACUUGUGCUGAUUGUUGCUGGAAAAGAAUUUGGAAAAGAAAAUACUGUAUGUUUAUUGGUUGUACUGCUCAUCUUUCUUUUUAUGUUUUUCAUUAAAUGUUUUACAGUA